AUGCACGUUCCUAGGCUUGAGGUGGAGGUCGUUGCUGGUCAUUCGGAGCGUCCCGAGGCAACCUCUCUGGUAUUGGGCCCGGAAGUUUGUCCAUCCACAGCACGCGUCCCUCCCAAAGCAGAGGAGAGGCUGACAACGUCAUCUUCUCCACCCGGUGUGUCUGAGAGUAGAGGCCGGCCUGAUCACCCGACCCGCUUCUCUUGGGACCACUCGCUGGGUAGCCCGUCCCGUUUCCCCCAGGUUCCUACGCGGCACAGAGUACCUGUGGAGCGCCUGGACGAGGAAGCGGAGGAAAGGGAGAGGGAGCGGCAAGCGACUAUGGAACUUCAAUACCGACUCAAGAAACUUGAGAUCGAGGCCGAGACUGCGCUGAAAAUGCGGCGGCUCGAGCUGGAGGCAGAAGGCCGUCUUCCUCUUAACCCUAGCCGGGUCGUUGCUGCUGUUGAGCCAGCCCACAGUCCGGUCCAACCUGUUGAUCUGGUCCCUGAGGCCUACCGGCAGCGCUUCAGAGGCCUCAAGAAGGCCCCAAACCAGACCUAUAGGACUGCGUGCUUCGACUUGUUUUCUCUUCUACCCGAAGCUGAAAACACACACCCAUCCUUGAGCCUUUAUCUUUCGAUAUCUAAUGGUGAAAGGAAUUCAAUACUUAUACAAAUUCAGAGAUUUCCAUCAUUUUUCAAACCCAUCCUUGCACUUUUUGUUCACUUCCUCAUUUACAUCUACUUUUGA